AAUUCUUGAACCAAAAGUAAAUGACGAAAAAGCUUGCAAGCAUGAGAGAACGACUUCUCUCACUUGUUUUUUCAUCCAAUAUGAACCUCCCAGAGACUAUCCCAUUUGAUAUCUCACUAGGUACUCGUACCUAUAUGCAUUCUACUGGUAGACCAUUCUAGUGUAAACCUGAAACGGGCUAGCAACAAACCAGUAGGACCAAGAUAUCAACAUGUCAAGACAUCAGCGUCAUGUAACCCAAUUGAUGCUCCUCUUACGAUUUCCGGUAUUGGGUACGGCGCCAGAUUAACCUACUGUUUUCUAGGUAGGAACGAUCAAGGCUAAACGACAAGGACAACCAUCCUAAGAGAUAUUGUCGGCAUCAAACCUCGACCUCGACGGGCUUGAGUACGAAUGAUCAGCACCUCUUUGAAAUCGACACUUAUUGCAUGGACAGAAGGAACUCGUCGACCAUGGCCGCUUCAAUGUUCAAAGCGCCCUGGGUAGAUCGCAUAUUCCGUUUGGAAGAUCCACACAGCAUUCAGCUCGAUUCUUCAGCAGGAAUCACUUACUGCAACGAUGAUUUCAUCCUCGUUAAUGUUGAUGGAGCUUGUAGAGGCAAUGGAACACCUACCGCCACCAGCUCCUACGGCCUUUUCUUCGCCCCGAACUCUCCAUACAAUAUGUGUGCCCUACUUCCAGCCAAUGAGGUUCAGACCAAUCAAUCCGCCGGGCUAUUCGCUGUCAGAGAAGCCAUCAAAUCUGUCGUGACCAAUAAGAUCAGACCCUUUUAGUACUGGGAUGGGAUUGAUAGUAGCGCGAAAGUUGUGAUUUAAACCGAUUCGUUGUAUAUCUUCACGGCUCUUACCGACUAUAUCUGGACCUGGCAAAGCAAGGGAUAUCUCAGCUCAACGGGCAGGCAAAUCUUGAAUGUGAAUUUGAUAAUGGAUAUUCAUAGGCUCGCCUAUGAGGCUGAAUGGAAUCAAGAUACCAGAAUCCGGUUUCGACUCGUAGGAAGAGCGGACAACAGUGCUGCCGACAGGCUGGCAAAUAUCGCUCUAGACAAGCCAGAGCUGUAUCACUUCGCCUACGAGCGACCAUGCUUGCCAAAUAAAGCAUGGCGCCGCAAUGCGAAAUACGGCGUAAAGAAUGCAAAAGAGCUCAAAUUUAUCAACAGAGUUCUAGGUCGACUAGAAUACCCGCUUCCUGCAUCGUCGAGGAGAGAAAAUAUUUGGAUGAGCAGCGUGCUCUCUUGGACCAUUCGGCACCUUCUUCUCUAUGGUAGAAAGACAGGCGUAGGAGAGCGAACUCCAAAUGAAACGCUGCCAGAACUGUUUGAAAGAAUUCUAGGGCUGUCUUGGCCAGAGACAUUGAGGCAUGAGCGAAGCCUAAUAGAGAAUUCUAUCAAAAAGUCCAACCACUCCCUCAACCUUCUUGAAGUUGGCUCUGUCCCAAGUAGCCAUCCAAAGUGGAUAUUAUAUCAUGAGCAACUUGCUGGAUUUGGAAGAAUGACUGCAUGUAUAAAUACUGUUCUCGGGCACUGAGGUACUGUACCUAAGGACGGGUCCCAAGACGGCCAAAACCCAUGCGGGGUUUUGCGAACGUGACUUGCUAUCAAGUAGCAGGAAAAGGCCACGGUUUUUUUCCUGGGAGAUACAUACGAUUGCAUGCAUAUAUUGAUGAUUAAGACAGGGUUAAUCUUUGGUGCUUCGUGUCUUUGGAAAGAGAUUUUCUAUUGGUUUUUGCUAUCGAUGAUCGACACCAAUGAGAGGUGGGCUGUUUCCGUUGUUCAUUUUCAACAUGACAACAACACAUCUCCACUAUCAUUAUCAUUACACCGCUGCAAAACACUGGCCUAUCUCUUUGCAAUUGUGUAGCAUAUUUCAACGGUUAACUGGCACAAAUUAUAAAUAGUAACUGCAGUCUGCAAGGCACGGCCUCACGCUUUGACAAAAGCUGUUAUUUUCGCGGCGGCAGACCAAAAGUAUAGGGGCAGAGAUCCAGCGACGCCCAUACUUGUGUGAGCUGCUUCCAAACAUCAAAGGAUCAUUCGAUUUAUCGCCCUUAAGAGCGAUGACCGAGAUUUCUUAUGUCGACCGCAAAUUUGGCGAAUCCCCCGACAGGAAAUGGGUCACCAAACACUCCCCUGAAUUCGCUCUCACCACCUUGGCGGAAGCUUGUACGGACAAUGAUGCGUCUGAAUGCCCUCUUCUCAUCUGUGUAGAUGGAAGAUGCAAGGACAACGAGACACCUGAAAACGCAGAACAGCCUGAAAACGCAGAACAGCCUGAAAACGCAGAAAAGUCUGACAAUGCAGAAAAGACGGGAAAAGUUGCAGCCGUCGCCUCAUAUGGGAUUUUCUUCGCUCCCAAUUCCCCUUAUAACGACUGUUCCCUUCUCCCGCCAGAUGAAGAACAAACCAGCAAAUCAGCCGAGCUGUUCGCAGUCCUGAGCGCCAUCUACGGGAUCCUCGAUGAGGAUCAAUGUCCAAAUUCGCUGCCAAUCACGAGUGUUGUCAUUCAAACUGAAUCCUCGUAUGUUUUUGAUGCUCUCACCAAGCAUAUCUGGACUUGGCAAGAGAAUGACUACAAGGAUUCGGAGGGCGUCCGAGUCGAGAAUUACAUUCUGAUCACCAAGAUCCACCACAACAUCUCGGAAGCACAAGCUCAACACGGCAUCACCAUCAAACUCCGCUUGGUGCCCACGGAGCAAAAUAAGGAUGCGGCUCGAUUGGCCAAUAUUUCUCUGGAGAAGCAGGAGCAUUACUUUUUCGGCGGCAGUGAUUACUCGCAGGCUGAUGUGGAUUGGGAUUACUGGAAAGAGUACAUGGCCGACUACAUAGCUGGCAACGCCAUCAACCGGGUCGUUGGUCGACUCUCAUUCCCACUGCCUCUUGAGCGAGAGAAUAAAUGGCUUGAUAGUGUGAUUUCGUGGUAUAUCCGCUUCAAUAUCCUUCUUGGUGAGGAACCAAGCUAUCAGAUUGAUACGGAAGCUCUGGCUAUGAGGCUUGGAAGUUCUUGGCGGCAACAGGUCGCGGUUGAGAAGGAUAAGAUCAAAGUUGAGAUUGGGACGUUCUCGGAGUUGUCGGUUACGUUGAAGCCUUUUUUGAAUUGUAAGGAGGGGGUUGGUUGUGAGGCGCAUGAGGAUUGUGGGGAGGCUUUUGAUGAUUGGCUUGAUUGUCAACGGGAAUUGGUUCAUCUUGGGAGUAUUUAUAAGUUGAUGAGAGAAGGUAAGAGAGAAUCUCCGGUACAGUCUUGUGGAUAGAAACUAAUCCUUUUGUGAAUAGAUGAGAAUCUUAACGCUGAGCCGGAGCAGGUUGACCCCGCAAAGGUUCCUGAACCCGAACAGGUUGACUCUGUACAAGUUUCUGAGUCAGAGCAAGUCGACUCCGCAAAAGCUUCUGAACCUGAGCAGGUCGACUCUGCACAGGUUUCUGAGCCAGAUGUAGUUAAACAGGCAGACUAAAGAUCUACAGAAGAUGCUUCGUUGACAGUUCUAUGGAUAAGAUUUACACUAAAAGAUGUAAUAGAAAAUAUAAUAUUGUAAUAUUCUGUUAU